CAUGCACGCUUGCCGUCACCGAGGAACGCGCAUGCGCGGAAGCGUCAGUCUCGACAACAGGGGCUGCGACGCCAGAAGGCGCGGAGGGCCGUUACGCCACAUUUCGCCACGCGUUAGUGUAUGUGUCAACGGAACAAGCCCAGUGCAUAUGCAUCCGCUGCUGCGGAAUCGACGGUAGAUGUGUGGAAGAGCAGUCGCCGACGGUAACGAAGCAGUUGUUCCUCGCCGCGUUCCGGAGGCCAUAGGUGCGAUAAGAGUUCGCCAUUCUACUCGAUAGUGCAUGCAGGGCCCAUUUUAUCUCACGUUGACGCUUAUCUAGCCAAAGUUUCUGACACCACUGAGUAGCGAUAAGCUCGGUAAAAGAAGCCACCACGCUCUUGUGCGAGCCUAGGAUUCGUGCCCGAAGACGCCGCCAUGCCGGAUCACGGACGAGGACGGGUGCACCGUUUUCGCGACCACGUCGUCUCCGGCGUCAACUGGCGACCGACGCGGCUCGUCGACGAGGUCCCCAGUUCACGCGUGUGCGGCCUCUGCCGCAUGAUCCCCAAACGAAUGGUGCUGUUGCCGUGCUCGCACGCUCUCUGCCAAUCUUGCCACGCAGCCAGUCUCGAAGGGGGCGUUGGCCAGUGUCCGUUGGAUGGAGAGCCAUUCGAAGAAGGGGAGUGCUUCGGUUACGAAUUCCCGGCCAGGAAAGCGAAUGCCGUGAAGGUGUACUGCUGGAACGAAGCGCACGGCUGCGAGUACACGGGCACCAUGGAGCGCAUGCUGGAGCACUACGAGAACGAGUGCGCAUUUCACACCGUGGAGUGUUUGCGAUGCGGCGAGGGAGUCCUGCACAGAGACCUGCCAACGCACUACGCGGCCGGGUGCUGUGCCGGUGUUUCUACUGCGAUCACAGAGUCCUCGCAACCUACAGCAGUGACCCUUGCCCACCUGAACGCUGCCCUUGCAGACAUGAAAGCGAUGCUGGGAUGCCUCAACCACGACCAGCUGCUGCCGGUGAUUCAGAGUCAGUUGAAUGAGCUUACAGAACAAGCCAGAAACCAGGAAGCAAGGUUCGCUGAUAUCGCUCGCGAGCUCGGAGCAUGCGAGCACAAUUUAGAGGGCGAGAUGGAUCAAAUCGCAGCCACGACUUCAUCGACCGUGUUGCACCAGCGGCCGUCUCAGCAAAAUCCAUUGGAAGAAGCCAGCACGUCGAGGUCGCUGUCGUUGAGCUCUGAACAAGAAGAUGAGAUGAGACGAAAGUGUGAACACUUAGCCCACCUGGAAAACUCGCGGCAAACUUCCCCGGAGCCUGAUUCCAGCCGUGUCAUUGCUCAUUGUGAAUGUUUUUCCUCUAACGUUCGGCGUUUGACAUGUUCCCAGUGGAUACCCGAGCGCAUUAAAAAAAAUGGGCGCGUGAAUUAUCUGCUGACCCUAGAAAACUUUAGGGAAAUCAUUCAGUGCCAGGAAGGCUCAAAAAUGUUUGCCGAGAUUACGAUGCAGCACAUGGAGGACACGUACUUUACCAUUGCCGUUUGGAAGUACGGCGAUUGCGCAGCUGACCUCGUUCUGAAGAUAAGAGUUUAACGGGAAGCUGGCGGGCUCUAAGUGUUCGCCGCCGUUCUGGACUGUGUACGCGCUGCAUCCAGUACCAUUGAAUUACCUUUUGUUGACUCCCGCUGCCGAGCGUUGUUUCUGUAACCGCUAUAACCGCCCAUGGCUGCACUUCCACCUCCAAUUUUGUAUAGACACUGCCACGCUGAACAGACGCGGCCACCUCCGAGACGGAAAGAUGGAGUUCGAAAUCGCGCUCACCGAUGGAGAUAUAGGCGGUAACAUCAGAGGAGCACCCUAACGUUUGUCAUCGCACAAUGUGCACGGUACCGGAGAAUCCUCCUCGCCACUUCACAAUAUGUGUCACAGGAGCUUAACGAAUUUUUGAUCUCCUUUCUAGUAAAUAAAGUGAGCUCUGCGACAUA